AUGUCUUCAUAUAGGAAGAAUCUCCCAAUAGCUCUCCUAGCCGCUAUAACCAAGGGGCUUCUGGACAAGUAUGGACCCGAGAGGGUUCUUGAUACUCCAAUUACUGAGGCUGGUUUUACUGGGAUUGCAGUUGGUGCGGCCUACUACGUUCUGAAGCCUGUUGUGGAGUUUAUGACAUUUAACUUCUCCUUGCAGGCAAUUGACCACAUUAUCAACUCUGCUGCAAAGUCAAACCACAUGUCUGCUGGCCAGAUUUCUGUACCCAUAGUUUUGAGAGGUCCCAAUGGUGCUGCAGCUGGUGUUGGUGCCCAACACUCUCAGUGUUAUGCUGCAUGGUAUGCUACUUGCCCUGGGUUGAAAGUGCCGACACCAUACAAUGCCGAAGAUGCUCGUGGACUGCUCACAGCUGCUAUUAGAGAUCCCGACCCAGUUGUUUUCCUUGAGAAUGAGUUGUUAUAUGGUGAAUCGUUCCAGAUUUCCAAUGAAGUUCUGGACUCAAACUUUUGCCUUUCAAUUGGUAAAGCUAAGAUAGAGAGAAAAGGAAAGCAUGUGACUAUUGAUGCUUAUUCGAAAAUGGUGGGCUAUUCUCUUAAGGAAUCUGAGAUACUUGAAAAGGAUGGGAUCGAUGCUGAGGUCAUAAAUAUGCGUUCGAUUAGGCCGCUAGAUCGAUCCACAAUUAAUGAAUCAGUCAGGAAAACCAACAGAUUGGUCACAGUUGAAGAAGCGUUUCCACAGCAUGGUGUUGGUGCUGAAAUAUGUGUUGUGGAGGAGAGCUUUGUAUAUCUUGAUGUGCCGGUUGAGAGAAUCGCCGGAGCUGAUGUUCCUAUGCCACAUGCGGCAAAUCUCAAGAGAAUGGCAGUGCCACAGGAGGUUGAAGAUAUAGUUCGCGCUGCAAACAGAAUGUCCCAAAAAGAGAUGCAAUUGGCCUCCAAAGAUGACAUCUUUUGUGUUACAACACAGAGCAUUUCCCAUAUAUGA